GACGAACAGCUCCAUUUGCGAAUUGCGCCCUCCCACCCCAUCUCUCUCUCUCUUUCUCUCUCUACAAUGGAAGGAAUUUUUGCAGUGGACGCCGGGAUCCGCGUUUCUCGAUGACUGCAAAUAAUUAAUCAAAUUCGCCUUCGCGUGGAGCAUCCGACGUUGAAGAAUCUUUCUGAUUUUCUGGGAUUCGUGUUGAUUAAAUAAAAUAUUAACACAUUGACUAUCAAAGCGGGGACAUUCCAGAAGAAGAAGUUUUUCUAUUAGGAUUUUGAGGGGCCGAAAAAUGUCCUCCAAGGGUGAGCAUCAGACGGUCCCGCUUUCGGUAUUGCUCAAGCGUGAAUUAGCAAGUGAAAAGAUUGAGAGGCCAGAGAUUUCCCAUGGUCAAGCUAGCCAAAGCAAGAAAGGGGAGGAUUUCACGUUACUAAAAACCGAAUGCCAACGGGUGGCAGGAGAUGGAGUUACCACAUACUCUGUUUUCGCGCUAUUUGAUGGACACAAUGGCUCUGCAGCUGCUAUAUACUCUAAGGAGAAUCUCCUUAACAAUAUUUUGGCUGCUGUACCUUCAGAUCUUAACAGAGAUGAAUGGGUUUCGGCACUACCGAGGGCUAUGGUCGCCGGAUUUGUAAAAACAGAUAAAGAUUUCCAAGAGAGAGCACAAACUUCAGGAACAACAGUUACCUUUGUGAUAAUUGAAGGAUGGGUUGUAACUGUGGGAUCUGUUGGUGAUUCACGUUGCGUACUUGAAUCUGCUGACGGUGGAAUAUUUUAUCUGUCAGCAGAUCAUAGGCUUGAAUGCAGUGAAGAAGAGAGAGAACGUAUUACUGCAAGUGGCGGUGAGGUUGGUCGACUUAACACUGGUGGUGGUACGCAGAUUGGUCCUUUGAGAUGUUGGCCUGGUGGCUUGUGUCUUUCCAGAUCUAUUGGAGAUAUGGACGUCGGGGAGUUCAUUGUUCCUGUUCCAUAUGUAAAGCAAGUGAAGAUGUCCAAUGCUGGUGGCAGGCUUAUUAUCUCCAGUGAUGGUGUUUGGGAUGCUUUAUCUGCGGAAGUGGCUUUUGAUUGUUGUCGUGGGAUGCCAACAGAUGCUGCAGCGUCACAAAUUGUCAAAGAAGCUGUACAGGUGAAAGGACUUCGAGAUGAUACAACAUGCAUUGUGAUUGAUAUACAACCUCCAGAGAAGACAAACCCUCCUAUGCCGCCUCCGAAGAAGCAGGGUAAAGGAGUGUUUAUUAAGUCCAUGUUUCGCAAGAAGUCGUCCGAGUCGUCUUCUAAUAGCGAAAAAGAGUAUUGUGAGCCAGACAUGGUGGAGGAAUUAUUUGAGGAAGGAUCAGCUAUGCUUGCAGAAAGAUUUGAUACAAAAUACCCACUCUGCAACAUGUUUAAGUUGUUCAUGUGUGCGGUUUGUCAAGUAGAGAUGAAACCUGGACAGGGUAUUUCAAUACAUGCUGGCUCGGUGAAUUCAAGAAAAUUACGGCCUUGGGAUGGCCCUUUCCUUUGCUCGAGCUGCCAGGAUAAGAAAGAAGCCAUGGAAGGAAAAAGACCUUCUGGAGAUGGUUCAAGAUAUAGUAGUGGAAGUGAAUAGCCAACCUUACACAAAUAUACCUGCAUCUUGCAAGCACUAACAGUUGUUUCUGAGCCGAUCAUAAGUGGGAAAGCAGAACUUUCUGGCAGUACAGAUUUCUUUCUGUUUUUCAUGAAGGCUUAAGCAUUUGGAUCCCACUUUGGUACCCGUUUGCAUGAUGUAGUUGAGAAUAUGUUUCCGACUCAGGUAGGUACCAAGUAUGCCUUGCCUCGUUUGGAAGACUCGUGCAAGAUACUGAUGGGGGCGCAUUAUUACACUUUAGAGGUAAUUCCAUCUUCUUUGUUAACAUGUUCAAUUGUACACUGUCCCUUCUGUUUCGUAGAGCCUAACCUUGAGUGAAAGCAAUCUUCAACGUAUAAUACUAUUACGUAGGACGCGUUUGAUAAGUACUCUUAGGAUUUUACUUCAUAGGAUCGACAUUUGUGAUUAUUAUCCUGCUAUUGAAUUUGUUCUUGUAACAUUAAGCUGUUCUUCAUUCCCAAAGUAACGUAAAUUUAUCCUGCUAUUGAAUCUGUUCUUGUAACAUUAAUAUGUUCUUUCCAAAAGGAAGGUAAGCCCUUCAGAAUAUCAAAAUCACCUAUUUUUCUUUUCCAAAGACAGAUGACAUUUAAUCUUUUCUCUAA